ACAGGACCCGACCGGAGAGCCGCAGGUUCCGCGCGGGUCGGCGGGCGCCGGACUGCCCAGAGCCCCCACCCAGCACCACACAGACUCCCCCACCCCCGCCCUGCGCCCCAGCCGAGGACCCCCCCAAACACCGGCAUGGACUGCUGCACUGAGAGCGCCUGUUCCAAACCAGAAGACGACAUCCUGGAUAUCCCGCUGGAUGACCCCGGUGCCAACGCGGCCGCUGCCAAAAUCCAGGCGAGUUUCCGAGGCCACAUGGCGAGGAAGAAGAUAAAGAGCGGAGAGCGUGGCCGGAAGGGCCCUGGCCCAGGAGGCCCAGGUGGAGCCGGGGGCGCCCGGGGAGGCACGGGCGGCGGCUCCAGUGGAGACUAGGCCAGAACUGAGCAUUUUCGAAGUUCCCAACGAGAUGGAUGCCGCGUCCCCUUCGCUGUGACGAGACUUCCCUGCCGCCUUGGUGAUCCCCUCCUCCCACUCACCCUCCGGCUUCAGGAGCCCCUUUGCGUCCCAGAGACUCUUUCCCAGGCCGGCUCCGUCGCAGAGUCGCCAAGUCUGCGCCAUUUUAGUUCACCUGUCCAGUGUAGUCCUAUCCUCCCCACUCAAGUCCCAAACCCUGCGCUUCCCAAAUUUCCCUGUUUUAGUGCUUCUCGCCCACCUCUCUCCCGCAUCCAGCAUGCAGUUCUGCCUCCGCGGCUUCGGGGUGCUUUCUGAGCGCGCACCGCGGAGGGUGCCCUAAGCGUUGCCCAAAUACACUCACUUUCAAAAAAGGAAAAAAAAAAAAAAGAACUUAAAAAAGAAAAGGUCCUUUCUUUCUGUGCGCAGCUGAAGGGGGCGCCCUGUGUUUUUCUGCGGUUACUGCCCUCACCCCACCGCAGAAGUUGAGAUGUGGGCCCAGGAGGGAGAGGAAGAGGGUUCUGAUGGCUUCGGUUGCCCCGCGCAGUGACCCCGCACCUGCCUGUUAAGUCCCCUCCGCGUUCCCCAGCGCACCCCGCCCAGCG